AUGGGCGACGCCCCUCCUCCACUCGAAUCGGUCAACCUCCCCGCCAAGCGCCAGCUCGAGGACGCCGUCGUCGACGAGGAAACCAAGCGCAUCCGCACACACGCCGCCAUCGCCGACCAGGUCCCGCCUGCGGGCUCGCGUGACGCUGGCACUGCCGCCGGCGAGCCCGUCCAGGUCCGCGCCGCACCCGCCUUCGAGAGCGCGCCCGACCUCGCCCAGGUCGCCGGCGACGGGCCCAACCGGAGCGUCGUCGCAGAGUCCAAGGUGCCGACCGACGACCUCGUCAAGGCGGCCAACGGCGAGCUGCCGGCGGCGACGGCCCCGGACGGUGCGGCGGCGGCGGCGACGGGCGAGGAGGUCGAGCAGGAGGAGGACGAGGAGCCGCCGGUUUACGAGUUCGAGCCCGAGGAGGAGAGCGCACGACCGCGCGACCUCUACCUCGACACGAUCAACCGCUCGGCCCUCGACUUUGACUUUGAGCGCCUGUGCUCGGUCACGCUGUCGCACAACCACAUCUAUGCGUGCCUCGUCGACGGCAAGUACUUCCAGGGCCGCGGCAAGUCGUCGCCCGCGUACGCGCACGCCCUCAACGACGACCACCACGUCUUUAUCAACCUCGAGACGCAAAAAGUCUUUGUCCUGCCCGACGGCUACGAGGUCGACGACGCGUCGCUCGCCGACAUCAAGUCGCUCCUGUACCCGCGCUUCACGCCCCAGCUCCUCAAGCGCAUCGACGCGUCCCUGUCGCCGUCGCUCGACCUCGCCGAGCGGCCGUACUACCCGGGCUUCAUCGGCCUCAACAACAUGAAGCACAACAGCUUUAUGAACGCGACCCUGCACCUCCUCCUCCACGUGCCGCCCCUGCGCGACUACUUCAUCCUCGACCCGCUCCCGUCUUCUUCCGCCACGUCAGAGCUCGUGCGCCGGUUUGGCAUGCUCGCGCGCAAGCUGUGGAACCCGCGCCAGUUCAAGGCCCAGGUGAGCCCGCACGAGCUCCUCCAGGAGGUCGGCAACGCGAGUGGAGGACGGUUCAGCAUCACCAAGGAGGGCGACCCGGUCGAGUUCCUCGGCUGGCUUCUGAACCAGCUCCAUCGCGACCUUGGCGGGACGCGCAAGCCGCGCUCAAGCAUCAUCUACUCGGCGUUCCAGGGCGAGGUGCGCGUCGACGACCAGCAGAUCAUCAAGACGGGCGAGUUUGGCGCCAAGCCCCACUUUGACCUCGACCGGGACAUCAAGACGACCAAGACGCCCUUCCUCUUCCUCGCGCUCGACCUCCCUCCACCGCCUCUCUUCCAGGACGCCGUCGAGUCCAACAUCGCGCCGCAGUCGCCCCUGUCGGCCAUCCUCGCCAAGUACGACGGGCAUACGACGCGCGAGGACACGCAGCAGGGCGUCCUGCGCCGGUGGAAGAUCACGCGCCUGCCCCCGUUCCUCGUCGUGUACUACAAGCGCUUCACGAGCAACCGGUUCCUCGAGGAGAAGAACCCGACCAUUGUCAACUUCCCUUUGCGGGGCGUCGACAUGAGCGACUACGUCGACCCGUCCCAGCCCCUCUCGACCUACUACGACCUGACGGCCAACCUGACGCACCAGUCGCUCGCCGGCACGGCGCACGCCGAGUCGCGCUGGCGCACGCACGUGCACCUGCGCGCGCCGCGCGACGCCAAGUCGGGCGAGCUCACGGACGGCGUCAAGGACGAGGACGAGAAGUGGUUCGAGAUGGAGGACUUGCAGGUGAGGGAGAUCGAGAGGGAGAUGGUCAGCUUGGGCGAGACCUACAUCCAGAUCUGGGAGCGCCGCUCGCCGACCGGGACGUGGGACUUGCCGGUCGAGACGCCCAAGCCCAAGGGCCAGCGCAAGGAGGGCGCAGCAGCACUUGCAGCGGCGGCGACGACGAAGAAGUAGAUCCUCGAGCGCAACGACGAGCGAUCGAC